GCGCCAGUUGCGAGCGCCGCUCCAGGCAGAGUGAGCGAAGCCGCCUUUCAAAACACCACAGCGAGACGCGCGCGCGCGCGUAUUGCAUAGUCCUGCUGCAGCCUCGGCUCUCUGUGUACUGUCGGUGUUUCGCUUUUUUAAUCCGCAUUGUUUGUGUAUCAUCGUCGAAGGUGAAGUGCGCGUGUGCGAGCUGACCGGUUGAUUUCCUGCAAAAUCGUCGUCGUGGUCGUUGCUGCCGCAGUGUGUGUUUCGGUAAAGAAGCAGUGAGUGAGGGCUGUAUACAGUGCAGAUCGCCGGGGGAGGCUGGAGGAGAAAUAAAGAUCGUCGCUUCGACGUGCGAGCGUCAACAAACUGGAGCAAUGUCGUCAGAUAUCGUCACGGAAAAAAUCGGCAUCCCCGCUUCGGAGAACUUCCAGCUAAAGUGGCACAGUUAUGGAGCCCAUCUUCACAGCUCGGUGGCGACUCUGCUGCACUCCGAGUCCUUCGCUGAUGUUUUACUGGCCACAUCUUGCGGGAGACAUGUAGCGGCCCAUCGAUUUGUUUUGGCCGCCUGUUCGUCCUACCUCAGCCACAUUUUCCAGACAUGUCACUUUGGCGCCAACACGAAUGCACCCAUCAUCGUUGUAGGUUACAGAGUCCUGCCAACGGAAAUCGGCUACCGAACGCUCAAAAUUCUCAUCCAGUACAUGUACAGCGGCGAGACAACUGUGACGAACGAUCAGCUGGAGGGUGUGCUAAAGGCCGGCGACAUCCUGCGGGUGCGCGGUCUUUGGCGCUCUAACUCGUCCUCGGGCAGCAAGAAGGAAAACAUCCAGUCGAACAAUCAAAAACUCGUCCGGUCUGACAAGCGCAGCGAGCAGCCGGCCCUCGGCUCCACGGCCAGCGGUCAGAUCCAGAAGAUCAAACUCGUACAACCGGCCUCCGAGAGGAUCGUCGAGCCCCUAAUUCAAACCCAGCAGCAGCUUCUGGAGUCGUCGUCGUCGUCGUCGGGGUCGCAGCAGAACAACUGCCAGCCGCUGCUCAGUAAGUCGUACGAUAAGAAGGACAAGAACUCAGCGGUGGACAAAGAUGACAAGGAAGGCAGCGAGGCGUCGAUCGCGACGACGGACGGUGGAAAGUCCUGCUCGGAGGAUGCGGCGGCCAAGAGCAGCUGCGAGGCGGGAAAGAAUAAGGAGAACGUCGAGACCAACAGCAAAAAGCGAAAAAGCACGAGCAGCGACGCGGAGUCCACCAAGUCGAAGAGCGACGUUGGCGAAAGCACCGAGCUGAACUUGGAGAUGCUGGUGAAGGAGGAGCCAAUCAAUUGGGAGGAAACCAUCGAUCCGUCUGACGCGUUAACUAUAGACCACGAAAUUGACAUCAAACCGGAAAUAGUGCACAGCGCGGACGAGGAUGGCGACAUGGAGGAAGAGGAGUACACGCCCCUCACGUGCGACAUGUGCAGUCAAACUUUCAACAGACCUUCCGACUGGGUUCGUCACAUAGAGUUCACACACGCUGACAUGACGGAAAAUAGAAGAAGAAAACGAAAGGGAGAUUCGGACGACGACGGCAAAGAUUUUCCACCGCUCAAGUGCGACCUGUGCGGGAACAUGUACCCGACGCCGCAGGAGUGGGUUCGCCACAUACAGACGGAACACACAGAGGAACAGCUAGCCUUGAUGAAUAACUCGGCGCCACCGAAACCCAAGCGAGUUCACAGCCACCAGAAGUUGUGCAACAUCUGCCAGAAGGUAUUUCCCAGCCACGCGUCAAUGGUCAUUCAUCAAAGGACGCACACGGGCGAAAGGCCGUUUCUCUGUUCCUACUGCAAAAAGGGCUUUAACGUCAAAAGCAAUUUGCUGAGGCACUUGCGAACGUUACACGACAAGUUUGUGCAUCCAAGCUUGUACGGGAGCAAUGGAAACAAAAAUGCUUAAGAGAAAAUGAAAAUGAAAAUCUCCAGUCGCGGAGAUUAAGAGUCAACUGGAGUAAUAUAUUUUUUCUUUGAGAAUGAACAAAACUGAAGAAAGAAAGAGAAGUUCAAUCGUAAGGCAGUGAUAGAGGCAAUUGAUGCAGUGUAAAAAUGAAUCAGUGGUCUGAUGCUUUCAAAUAUGUAGAAUCAAAUUUGUAAGCUUUUAUUACAAGCCAAGGUAUUGAUGUAGACGAUUUGGUUGCAUCGCAUGUUUUUUUUUUAUUUUCAAUACACGAUUGUUUGUAUUUUCAAUAACGUUGACGAAACGUUAAUUAUUCACUUUUUUAUUAUUUAUUUAAAGAGCGUUUUGAUAUCGAUGAAAUUCGAUAAAAAAUCAAACAGUAGUUUUCUAUUAAGUUCGACAAGAAUUUUCACGACACCAUUUUGAGUUACCAAUUCUUUGAAAAAGAACCAAACAAUACCAAGGCUUUAAAAUCAAGGAGUCUGACAAAUAUUGCCAAAGUAUUUGAUUUUGUUGCUUCUUUGAUGAACGUACUAAUACCAAAAAUCUAUUUAUCUCGGAUGAAUGUGCGAGUCGAAUGUGAGUGUGAUACUGAGCAAAGAUGAGUGAUUUUAAAGUACCUAUAAGUCUUUACGUAAAUACUUGCGUGUAAAAUAAUUUUUAGAUUAAACACUCCUCAAUGAAAAAUUUACUUAGCGAUUAUUCGAGAUCCAAAUAUGUAAGAUUUAACUGUAUACUUCUAGGCUAUUCCAUCCAUGGUAGCCCAUUUAUUCCCGCAGUUCGUAAGCUAAUUAUGUAUUUUUAUAUUAAAGUAACUUAUACAUUUAGGAUUUAAGUCUAAAGAUACGUGACGAUUACUAUUCUAUAAGGAAUUUUGAACUUUGAUUAGGCUAGGAUGCAAGAAUGAAGUAUAUACGAAAUUUAUCAAAAAUUUUGAAAAUAUAUAUUGAGUUCUUAUACAUUACAAAUGCGAUACUAUCAAAAAUAUUUAAGUAUAAAACAAAAUCAUGGUCACAGUCAAUCAUGCAGUGAGAAUGUACAUCGUUUUAACUUAUUAAUCGUAAUUAUGUCAUCCUACUACGAAGUUAGUGUCAAUUCUGUAUUGCGCUAAUACUGUGACAAGCCAAAUGACUUUUAAAUGUAAAAUUUCAAUAUAUUAUCUUCGAACUA